ACAGCUGGCCACCAGUUAAGGAUUAAACCGAGAUAAAAAGAAAAAGGACUACUAAAAUAAAAUAAAUUUGUUUGAGGAUCAGGUAAAAUAAGAAAUGAUAUUAGAAGGACCUUAAAAUGCGUUUUACCUUAAAAAAUGACCGUUUUUUCUUUCGGAAGAGGAGAAAACGACCCGACCCGGAAACUAUAGAGCGGGUAGCGUCAAAUCGCCGUGGUGGAGCGGUGCUAUGUAAAGAACCCGUCGUCUCUUUUUGAACUCUAAUAAAGAAGAAAUGGCUUUCAGAAAAGAUUUGUGCAGAAACUUUCAGCGCGGAAGUUGUCAAUAUGGAGAAAGAUGCAAAUUUGUUCAUGCAACUCAACAACAACAGCAGCAUCAAAAUCAAAAUCCCUUUGGAUUCGGAAAUAGCUCGCAGCAAAAGCAAAACAACCAAUUCAAGCCUUUUGAAAAUAAAUGGAGUCGCACUGCUACGGGUCCUUCAUCCAGACAACCUGAUAAUCAGCCUUCUCAACAAUCAGGCAAUCAUAGCUGUACGGAUCCCGACUCCUGCAAGCGCCAGAUUGCUGAAGAUUAUCAGAACGAGAAACCACUUUGGAAACUUACUUGCUAUGGCCACUCUAAAAAUGCUCCUUGUGACAUCGUUGGUGAUGUUAGUUUUGAAGAAUUGCGAGCUAUUGCAUAUGAUGAGGCUAAGCGCGGAUUGACCUUGCAAUCAAUUGUUGAAAGAGAGAGAAAUUUACUUAGUUCCAAGUUGAUCGAGUUUGAGAGCCUUCUCCGUAAUCCAUAUAUAGCACCUGCAGCAUUAUCUCGCAGCCAGACUCCAUUCCCUGGAGCAACUCCAAAUGCAAUAUUGCCUAGUGGGCAAAAUAAUGCGCCUCCUUUGUUGUCCAGUUUCAGUCAACUGGGUGCAUCACUUAACUUGGCUUCUGAAACAAGGCCUUCAACCCCGAUGAACAAUACUUCUGGGCAACCAAAUAUCUCAAAUUUCAGCCAAGCUUUGAGUACAGUUGAAACAAGACCCUCUGCAUCUUCACAAAAUAUCUUUGGACAGCCUAAUGGCUUUUCAAAUUCAAGCCAAACAUCAAGCAUAUUUGGGCCCUCUCCAUCUUCAACAAAUAUCUUUGGACAACCAAAUGGCUUUUCUAAUUCAAACCAAACAUCAAGUAUAUUUGGGAAAAACAAUUCAACUCCUCCAAAUUCUGGUUUAAUGAGCAACAAGCUUCCUGGCCUAGGAUCUAGAAAUCCCUUUUCCUCAAAUGUUCCCGGCUUCAACAACAGUAGUGUAAUAAGUAAUCAAAGUAGUCCAUUUUCAUCUUCAGCAGUGUCAACACAAGACACCCAUUCAACUACUACUGCCCAGCCGUUCGUCACUUUUGAUGCAGCUAACGCAACUUCCAGUGCAGUUGGAGAUGAAAUGCAAAGAGAGAGUGUUACAGUUGAUGCAAGUAUUUGGUUAAAAGAAAAGUGGACACGUGGAGAGUUUCCAGAAGAGGCGCCUCCGGAUGAAUAUAUUUGAUUAUGGCAUGUUAAGAUCUGAGGAGCCAGCAAGCAUCCCGUCUAUUUGUUGUGAGAAGGGGACUCUCUUAUUUUGGUUUUAUGAGACGAAGUGAGUUGUAUAUUUUCCAGUCUGCAUAGUUGUUCUUGGUUCCUUUUUCUUCUUUCUGAUGCGGAAGUAAAAUGGGGUGUGUUUGAGUUGGGAGGUGGAAACAGUCACCAGGUCCUGAUAGUUUUUCAAUUGCAUUGGGAGCUUGUAAAAUGGGAUGUGCUCAAAUUGUUGAAGGAAUUAUGCACUAUUGCUAGGCUCCAAUAUGAAAUUAAAAAUGCAAAUGUAGUGUAGGCUAGACAAGUGAGAACAAUUUAAACCCGUUAGCUAUUCGAAUUUUAUGUAUAAUUGCGAAGACGACAGUUAAUAAUAGAUUGAAUAGUAGUCAGAUGUAUGGACAUUACUCCUUCCUUUUUGUUUAAAAAGAGAUGUUCUUUUUA